UUAUGGUUUCGUUAUUAUGUCAGUAUAUUCUGCCAGUUUUUUGUUUUGUUUUUGUCUUUAUUUAUUUAUCUUAACAUUUUCUUGAAGUUUUUUCUUGUGUAUGUUAAUCAUAUCGUUACAGUAUCAAUAAAUCCCAGAAUACUCUUACUCCUGACCUUCCUACGUAUUGGACCGGUCUGAUAGACAUGUCGACAAACUGCAUGCGAUUUACCUGGAUCGACGAAUCAGCACCAGGACCGGCAUUCGGGUAUUGUGAGACACAUCAUACACAGAUGUGUGCUGCUGUGAUAUUUAAUUCUUCAAUGGUGUAUGAACCUUAUAGAUGUGACAGUCAUCUUCUAGCACUCUGUGAAUACGGAUAUGACGAAAUUGACCACUACUUUUUUAAAAAGACAAAAGUGACUUGGAACGGAGCUCGUGACUUGUGCAGUCAGGAUGGGGGCGCAUUGGCUACACUGGACACUCCUGCACGUUUUAUCCACAGUCUUUCCUUAAACUAUAACAGGAUUGUUAGAACCGGUGUCUGGAUUGGUCUAUAUCAGGACUCUGAGAACUGUUCAAAGUACACGUGGUCAAACGGUAAUCCAUUAGGCUGGGAAAAGUGGAACAAAGGAGAACCUAAAGAAUGUGGUGAGGAAGUGUGUGGAAUGCUCACUGUUGGUGGAAUAGGAACGUCCAAUUGUAGCAACCUUAAAGAGGUGAUGUGUUUCAACGACACAUUCGUAUCGACAUCAACCUCAUCGACGACAUCGAUGAAGACGACUACAAAAAAGCCAACUUCGCACUAUGUUGCCAAUAUGUCUUGUGAGUGCUGUGUGAGGAACCGAACGAAUAUAACGCAGCUGAGUCGUGCUGAACUACAAGAUGCAAUCACACAACUAAGGGCACAGCUUUCUGUGAGUAAGAUAGAUACUUCGGUUAACCUACGUAAGCGGAUCAGUGUUUACGAGUCAAGGCCAUCUAGUAUGGCCAUAGGGGGCAUGGCUUGUGUCAUCAUCGGUGCUGUGAUUGGCUGUAUUGUCCUGCCUGACUUCAUCAUGAUGUGCACGUUUCUUUACAAACUUGUCAAGAGCCGUGCAAACAAACAAAACGCCGUCAUGCCUAGAGCCUGCAGUCAUGUCCAUGUUUGAUUCAAUGCCUGUUGUACAACGGAAACAUUCAUGUAGAUUUGGAGACAUAAUACAUGUACAUCUGCUGUUAACCCAUACAUGUUCGGGGCGACUGAUAUGGGGAUCGAUCGCGGCAGAAUUUGGGAGUUGCAUUCGUGUCUUUUUGAGACACCUAAGCGAGCAAAAAACAAAUAUGCCGUUUCCAUUGCAACAUUGUGAUAAUGUUUUAUCUAUCUCUAUUUCGAAAUUGUUUUCUCCCGAUUGCAUAAUUUGGUAUGAAAAUUAUUCUCGAUCGUAAGUAAAAAGGUAAUCGGCUCCGUCCCUUCACUGAGACAAAAUAAAGUCUACCAACCCGUCGGAUAUUUCCUGUAUCUGAUGUCAUGCACUUAAAUCGGCCGUAAGAACUAGUAAACUGAUUUUCAGUAGUAUGUGUCCGUGUGUCAUGCUAAUCUAUAUCCGUGUUAAAGCCAUAGGCGCCUCCAUUCGGCAUACGUAUUUGAACGUGCUUUUACCUACUUCCGUAAUUUACUUUCACGGACUCUUAGGGAAUUUUACGUACUUCCUAUGGACUUACACUGACUUCCGUAAUUCACUUUCACAGACUUUUACGUACUUCCGUAAUGUAUUUUCACGGACUUUAUCUUGAUACAUUGUAUGUAGUAUAGCGUUCUAAAGUGUACGCGCGUGUAAUUCAUCGUUGUUUAACUUAGGCUAUAUUGCGAUGAUUUAUUUAACCACCUCCACAACUAAACUAAAGGGAGAUCAAUCUACCAACAGAACGAAACAAGCUCAGAAAAAUAAAGACAUCGCUUUAAUCACGUUAAUGAACUUAGGAACAACUAACAAAAUGUACCGUAUAUAGUAAGUUGUUGAAAAUGACAAUUUGUCCAAUCACUGAAAGCUUAUACCACCGAACGAUGAACGAGUUAGACCAAAGAGGAUGAAUAUGAUCUCCGACAAAUGAGACUACUGAAAAUAAAUUCAAUUGACAAGUAUUUUCAGGAAACGUAAAGUAAUGGUUUGUUAGUGUAACAAUCAGUAUUUAUCUAGUGUUUUAUUUUCUUUUUAUGCAGCAGUCGUUCAUUUGACUUAUGGCCGAUUAAAUGCUUCAAUUAAUGUAGACAAAAUGUUUUUAUACUGGUGAAGACCAACCUUCGUUGUAAUUACACUAAUAUAGACCAACUGUUGUUGUUAUUACACUACUGUAGACCAACUGUUGCUGUUUGUUGUAAUUACACUG